ACAGCAGUGACGGUUGUGAUGAGAUCCUCAAAAGCUAUGGGUUUAGGGCAUUGCAUGGUUUAUCUUGUGGUCCUCAGUGCAAUUGCGGCUACAGUGACAUCAUACCCUUACUCAUCCCCUCAAACACCAGAAUACAAAUCUCCCAGCCUUGAACACAAAUCACCAUACCCACCUAAAAAGUAUUCCCCAUACUACUCCACAUCACCACCACCUUCACCACAAUAUAGAAGACAAGGCCCUAAGUACACACCACAUCCAAAACCAUAUGUCUACAGCUCACCACCUCCUCUGUACUACUCUCCUUCCCCAAAAGUUGAUUACAAAUCCCCACCACCACCAUACGUCUACAGUUCGCCACCUCCCCCGUACUACUCUCCUUCCCCAAAGGUAGACUACAAAUCUCCACCACCAUCAUACGUCUACAGCUCGCCACCUCCCCCGUACUACUCUCCUUCCCCAAAGGUAGACUACAAAUCCCCACCACCACCAUACGUCUACAGCUCUCCACCUCCCCCGUACUACUCUCCUUCCCCAAAGGUUGACUACAAAUCCCCACCACCUCCUUAUGUCUACAGCUCUCCACCUCCCCCAUACUACUCUCCUUCCCCAAAGGGUGACUACAAAUCCCCACCACCACCGUACGUAUACAGCUCUCCACCUCCCCCGUACUACUCUCCUUCCCCAAAGGUUAACUACAAAUCUCCACCACCACCAUACGUCUACAGCUCGCCACCUCCCCCAUACUACUCUCCUUCCCCAAAGGUUAACUACAAAUCCCCACCACCACCAUACGUCUACAGCUCACCACCUCCCCCAUACUACUCUCCUUCCCCAAAGGUUAACUACAAAUCUCCACCACCACCAUACGUCUACAACUCGCCACCUCCCCCAUACUACUCUCCUUCUCCAAAGGUUAACUACAAAUCCCCACCACCUCCUUACGUCUACAGCUCCCCACCUCCCUCAUACUACUCUCCUUCCCCAAAGGUUGACUACAAAUCCCCACCACCACCAUACGUCUACAGCUCACCACCUCCCCCAUACUACUCUCCUUCCCCAAAGGUUAACUACAAAUCCCCACCACCACCAUACGUCUACAGCUCGCCACCUCCCCCAUACUACUCUCCUUCCCCAAAGGUUAACUACAAAUCUCCACCACCUCCUUACGUCUACAGCUCGCCACCUCCCCCAUACUACUCUCCUUCCCCAAAGGUUAACUACAAAUCUCCACCACCUCCUUACGUCUACAGCUCCCCACCUCCCCCAUACUACUCUCCUUCUCCAAAGGUUAACUACAAAUCUCCACCACCUCCUUACGUCUACAGCUCCCCACCUCCCCCAUACUACUCUCCUUCUCCAAAGGUUAACUACAAAUCUCCACCACCACCAUACGUCUACAAGACACCAUACUAUUGAUUUUGAAUUGUUUCAUUAACAAGAAACAUGAUUGCAAUAAUUUUUUCUUAAUGAUUUCUUUUUCUUGAUUCUUCUGAUUUUGUUGUUUUGUUCAACUAUCUCUUGUAAAC